UUAGUGGAACUAGAAAGAGUUUGACACUAUUUGGGACAGGCCAAUUGAGCAAUAGUCCCAAAUCCUCCCAAUCCUUCUCAGUUCUCCCUAACAAACACUAGCACAAAAACCCCAAUUUCUGUCACGAGAGAAAGCAGAAGUAUAGCAGCAAAAGAUCCAAUGGACGAUGGAGAAGGAGCUCUAAGCUUCGACUUUGAAGGAGGGCUCGAUACUGGCCCCAUUCACCCCACCGCUUCCGUACCCGUAAUCGAAUCAUCGGACCAGAAUGCCGCCACUCCCGGCCCAAAUCACAGUAACCAAUCAACCGUCGCUCCAGCCCCUUCCGGCGCCGUGCCGGAAUUCGGAACGGGAGGAAACCGUCGGAGCUUUCGCCAGACUGUGUGCCGGCACUGGCUGCGAUCUCUCUGCAUGAAAGGCGAGGCCUGCGGCUUUCUACAUCAGUAUGACAAGUCCAGGAUGCCUAUAUGCCGCUUCUUCCGGCUUUAUGGCGAGUGUCGCGAACAGGACUGUGUUUAUAAGCAUACAAAUGAAGACAUCAAGGAGUGCAACAUGUACAAACUGGGAUUUUGCCCGAAUGGUCCUGAUUGCCGGUAUAGGCAUGCCAAGCUUCCUGGACCUCCACCUCCUGUAGAGGAAGUGCUUCAGAAGAUUCAGCAUUUAGUAUCCUACAACUUUGGUCACACAAACAGAUUUUCUCAAAACAAGAAUGCAAAUUUUGUACCUCAAGCAGAUAAAUCUCAGAGUGUGCACGGACCUAAUGGUGCUAAUCAAGCCAUUAGAAAUUCAACCAUGGAAUCCCCUUUUUCUCAACUGCAGCCGAAUCAACAAGCUCAACAAGGGCAACAGAGCACUCAGACUCAAACACUUGCCACUGGACAGCAUAAUCAAGCCAAUAGGAGUUCUGUACCCCUACCUCAAGGAACAUCUAGGUACUUUAUAGUCAAAAGUUGCAAUCGUGAGAAUCUUGAAUUGUCAGUACAACAAGGAGUUUGGGCUACACAAAGAAGCAAUGAGGCGAAACUAAAUGAAGCAUUUGACUCUGUGGAAAAUGUCAUUUUGAUCUUUUCGGUGAACCGGACUAGACACUUUCAGGGCUGUGCUAAGAUGACAUCUAGAAUUGGUGGUGCUGCAAAAGGAGGGAAUUGGAAGCAUGAGCAUGGAACAGCACAUUAUGGGCGGAACUUUUCUCUGAAAUGGUUAAAGCUAUGUGAAUUGUCCUUCCAGAAAACCCGUCACUUGAGAAACCCAUAUAAUGAGAACUUACCAGUGAAGAUUAGCAGAGAUUGUCAAGAACUAGAGGCCUCUGUUGGGGAGCAGUUGGCUUCCCUGAUGUAUCUUGAGCCAGACAGUGAACUUAUGGCAAUCUCACUCGCGGCCGAAUCCAAACGGGAAGAGGAGAAGGCAAAGGGUAUGGACAUUGAGAGUGGGAAUGAGAAUCCAGAUAUUGUGCCAUUUGAAGAGAAUGAAGAGGAGGAGGAGGAAGAAGAAAGCGAGGAAGAGGAUGAGAGCUUUGGUCAAGCUUUUGGACCAGCGGCCAUGGGGAGGGGAAGAGGAAGGGGAAUGCCGUGGCCUCCCAUGAUGCCACCUAUAGGACGUGGGGUAUGGCCACCCCUCCCCGGGAUGAGGGGGUUCCCUCCCACAAUGAUGGGUGACGGGUUUCCUUAUCCCGGACUUACACCUGAUGGCUUUCCCAUGGACAUGUUUGGCAUGGGCCAGCGUCCUUUCGGCCCUUACGGUCCGAGAUUUGCCAGUGAUAUGAUGUUCCAUAACCGCCCUCCCGGUGGCGGAUUCGGGCCGAUGAUGGGCCAGGGAAGGGGCCCAUUCUUAGGCCCACCAAGAGGCGGUCACCCAAUGGGGAUGGGGCCACCAUUCGUCCCACAACCCCCAUCACACGCCCUUCAAAAUGCUUAUCGUGGUAGAAGAGAUCACAGAGCAGCAGAACCCAGUGACAGAAGUGGACUGCCAGAUCAAGGUAAGGUUCAAGAGAUGGGAAGUUCAGCAGCCAUGGGAGCCGACGACAAAGCUAAUUAUCAUCAGCAGCAAAGUAGCCAUAGAAAUGAUGAGAGUGAAAGUGAGGACGAGGCCCCACGAAGGUCGAGACACGGUGAAGGAAAGAAGAGACGAGGAGGGGGCUUGGAGGGCGAUUCGGUCACUCCCAUCUGAGUUGGAACUUUGCCUCUUUUUACUUUCCUCUUGUCUUUGUUAUAUAGAAGACACUGAGUGUUAGUUACCACACUGCUAUUGUUGGAGGAGGUAAACUGGGAAGGGAAAAGAGGAAGAAUUCCUUCGGAAACACGAAAUAUCUUUUCCAUAAGAUGAACGGAAGCAACGGCUUAGCUCAAAGAGCAUUUUACAAUUUUUUGUUGUUGAAUUGUGUAUACAUAUGUGGAAUUGAGGUUAAGGAUAGAGGUUGCCUUCUAACUCAUCUCUUCUGCAAGCAUAUAUAUGAUUUGAUAUAGAAUCAUAGAUGAUGUUUGU